CGCCCGGCUCCAGCUCCCCGGCUCCUUGGCCGCAGUCGGAGUCCGGGCACGGUGCGGGCGACCAUGAGCUGCGGACGGCUGAGAUCCUUGGCGCUGCUGGGCUGCCUUCUGCUCGCCAGCUACUGCGGCAGAGGAGAUGCAGAAGCAAAUGUCGAAGUUUCCAUGCCAGAUGUGGUAGAAGCCGAAAUUGGGGAAACAGCUGUAAUUGACUGUGAGUUCUCCCUCCCGGAGAACAGCAGCUACGCUUACAUCAACUGGUUUUCUGGGGAAAAAAUCACACGGAAGAGAAUCAUCUCCUUCAUCCAAGACAAAGAAGACUGGGCAGAAGACCAGUUCAGAGACCAUCUGAACAUCGCCAAGAAUUUCUCCCUCGUCAUCAAGAAGGUCACGCCGCAAGAUGCCAAGCUCUACAUCUGCCAAGUGGGGCUCGGCAGCCUCGGCGUCAGCGAGAACCAGACCAAGCUGCAGGUCUCAAAAGCCCCGGAACUACCUGAGGUUCAGCUGGCGAAAGAUGGAUUUCGAGCCGCUGAACCCGCCCUUCAAGAGAUAGCAACCUGUACCGCCCGCAAUGGCUUCCCGGCUCCAAGCAUCGUGUGGUACAAGAACAGGGAAGCCCUGCACCCCAAAGAUGAAGAAACAGGGAUCCACGCCACCGUCAUCACGGAAUCCAGCGGGCUGAUCACCAUCCGCAGCAUGCUUUCGGCCCGAGUCGCCAAAGAGGAUCGCGAAGCUCAGUUUCACUGCCAAGUCAAUUAUACCGUGAUGGGGACAAACAAGACUGCCGUGUCAGAAAGCUUCAGAAUCAACGUUCUUUAUGCCACUCAGAACCUUAGUUUUACGCUGUACCAGCCGAACCAAGAGUUGAAGGAAGGAGACAACGCGAGUUUGGUCUGUGAAGGUGAUGGGAAUCCACCUCCUGAAUACACCCUAUUUAAGGCGGAGGACUCACAGUACUCGUCCCCAGACGGGAAGCUGUUAUUUCCCGGCGUUACGAGAAAUGACAGUGGUCUCUACUGGUGCAAAGCCCUGGAUUUGCACACCCUCGAGGAAUUAAUCGCUUCGGUGGAUCUGAUGGUAAACUACCUCGACGUGCCCACCAUCUUCCCAGCUGGACCCCAGGAACCAGCGGAAGGAGAAGACCUGGUCUUGACCUGCUCCACCACAGGAUCCGGACCUUUGAAAUUCCAGUGGCAGAAGAAAGGGAAGCUCAUUGCAGACGGUGCGGUCCUGAACUUGACUUCUAUCACCUAUGAGAAAAUGGGCAAUUACACCUGUGUGGUGACAAUGCCAGACUUCCCAGGUUGGGUCCAUUCCCGGCACAUUUUUAUUGCUGUUCGAGCGAAGCCCCAGAAGGUGCAUCUGCAGCAGAAUCUGAGCGUGCGGGAAGGGGAGGUGGUGGAUCUGACUUGCAGCUUCUACUCAGUGCCUCGGAUGAACAUCUCCUGGAGUACAAGUAACGGCACGGUACACGCAACCAGACGGAAAAACCAUUACAAUAGCACUCUGUCCGUGCUGGUCACCAAGGAAAUCCUUAAAUCGGGUCUCAACUGCACUGGCGAAAAUGAGUUGGGGUCGGAAAAUCAGCACUUCCCAUUCUCGCUGAAAACCAAAGUCCACCCUGACAAAACAGAGACCAUAACGCAAGAGAGCAAAGGGGUGAUCAUCGUAGCCGUCAUCGUCUGCCUGCUGCUGUUCGCCGUCCUGGGGGCCGUCCUUUACUUCCUGCACAAGAAAGGCAAGCUGGCUUGCGGGCGCUCCGGCAAACAGGAAAUCACGAGGCCCGAAGCACAUAAAGACGAGAUUGUAGUUGAAGUAAAAUCAGAUAAACUUCCCGAAGAGGCGGGUCUUCUGCAGGGUGCCAACGGUGAGAAGAGAUCGCCAGGUGACCAGGGUGCAAACGCAGGUUUGACGUUAGAGCAGGAAACGGGUUAAGCCCAUCCCGCAGACGUGCCUCGCUUCAGCAUCUCCCUUGGACUGCAGCUUCACUGCUUCUUUUGAACUCAGAGCCAGCCCUUGCCAGUGAAGGAAGAGCGGGUCGUUCGCAAGAGUCCCAAAAAUAUCCAGCAUGUGUUCUUGUUGUUGUUGUCGUUGUUGUCGUUGUUUUGGCCCUGCCUUGAAGCUUGUCACUUGCUUUCGUUCACACAACCGCUCCCUCUGCUAGCUGCCUAAGAAACGGGUGAAUCAGGAUUUUUUUUCUUUUUUAAAUAAAAUAAAAUAAAAGGCAUGCUUUUUCUGGAUCCUAACGCAAGAUCUUCCUCUCUUGGCUGUCAAAAGGGAGAGAAAUACAUCGAUUUGAGGAACUGAAGAAAGAGCCGCAGAGAAAUUCUUCGAAAUUUUCUCCUGCCCCACCCUACCCCUUAAAACAUUCACCCUACAUCCCGUCAUUCAGACACGCAAGUAAACCAACAACGCACGGAAAGGACCCAGUACGGGAUAUUCUGCAAUCUCGCCUUCUCUGUCUUUUCAAAGAAGUUGUGAUUUUAUUUUAUUUUUUCCCAAAGAAGACGACAAGGAAAGGAAAAGGCGGUUUGGAGCGUUGUUGAUUUCACAGCAUUUCUAUUAAAGAGGAAGAGGUGGGCAAGCAGGCAGGCAGAUCUCCGCUGUUCCGUGUGUAUGUUGUUGUUAACGUGUUUGCAUUCCGGGUUUUAGAAAAGAAAGGAACCAAAAGGUUUAAAGUUGGCACAAUUUUUUAAGUACUGGCCAAGCCAGUCAAGAUGAGAAUUGAAACUUAUUUACGCCGUUCUUUUAACGCCCAAUUUGUAAAGCUUGGAGCACAGGAUAAAUAGGCAAGAGGUUUUUGUUUCCAGUUAAGGAUGUAAAUCGAAAUGUUCGUUUAAAAAAAAAAAAGCAUGUUAAAAGAUGGGGAGAAUGACUGAAGUUGAAUAGAAGACGUGGAGUCUCAAAAGUGAAAAAAAGGAAGAAGCACAUUUUUUGAAGUUUUCGUUUAAGGACACUCGCUGGGGAAUUUGUUUGGUGAAUUCAGUGAAAUGGUUCUUAACUUUUAGGAUAGGAAUAGGGCAAUGCUUUUCAAACUUGACAACUUUUAAGAACUCGGAAAGUUGAAGCCCCCGCACGUCCUAAAGUCGCCAAGUUUGAAAAACGCCAGAAUAAGGGAAUAUUUUUUGUUUUUGUACAAACUGUACAGUGGCAUAUUCUUAUCAAGAGUUCUCCAGCUAGUCCCCUCUUCCCUCCAGCCUCAAAGAAAUCCCUGCUCAAGAUUGCAGCUCCUGCCGUAUUUUUUUUUUUUUGCUAAGACAGCUGGGCAGCGCCCACUUCUCCCUCGGCUGCAACGAGAGAAAAAUGGGAAUUGGAGACGGGAUUUUGGGGUUCCUGUCCAGCCGAGACCCUUGGAGGAAGAUGAAUAGGCAGCUGCCACUGCCAGAGACUAAAUACAGAUGAUGCGUUCAGAUCAGAGGCCUUCAAACUUGGCAGCUUUAAGACUUGUGGACUUCCACUCCCAGAAUUCUCCAGCCAGCUGUGCUGGGAGUUGAAGUCCACAAGUCUUAAAGCUGCCAAGUUUGGGGACCCCUGGUUGAGAUGAUCCGGUAUUGAUGGUCUUCAGUGUCUCAGAAUUUAUCCUUGCUUGGAAUGGACAAGAUCCCCAUGUGGAAAUCGACUCAAGCUUUUCUUUCUUUUUUCCUUUCUCUUCUUCCUUCCUUCCUUUCUUUCCUUCCUUGCCCUCUCUUAUUUUUCUUCCUCUUUUUCUCCUUCCUGCCUUCUUUUUUUCCUUCUCCCGGGAUCUCCUGGCUGCUGUUUCCUAUUUUCACCUAUCCGAAAUUUGAGGCUGGGCUGGAAAAGAGCCUAUAUAGCAGGGGUGUCCAGCUAAAGACUUGUGGACUCCCAGAAUUCCUCGGCCAGCAUUCUGGGAAUUGAAGUCCGCAGGUCUUAAGAGCUGCCAAGGUUGGACAACCCUACCAUAUAGUAAAUACCUUGCUUGAAAUUACUCCCAUCUGGUUAAAAAAGGGUUACCUCCAAAAAUGUGAGGGGCUGGCGGUGUGCUUUACAUGCACGUCUCGGGAGAUGCCAGAAUGGAAAACCUUUGUUGGAGAUAUACAUAUAUUUUUCGUUGACAUGUGUGUAAAUUUAAGAGUGUCUGAGUUGCAGGGUUUUAUAUAUAUAUGUAUAUAUAUAUAAAUGAAAAAUAAAGAAGCUAAAGAAGUC